AUGGCUCGCUUUGAGGGAUUAGCCGCGCUGCACCAGUACGGGGAGGGAAUCAAAUGUAGGAUCUUCGCUACAACUUUGUCAGGAAUAGCUCAGCGAUGGUUCCACAACCUGAGGAGCAACUCUAUACAAUCCUAUGGUGAUCUUCACCUCAUGUUCAUGAGACAGUUCGCUAGCGCAAAUAGGGUAGGAAAAACGCCCAUUUCUUUGAUGGACAUCAGACAGGAAUCGCUGAAAACGCUUCGCGAAUAUGUGGCACAGUUCAACACAAUCGCGUUAGAUAUACCAGAAGCAAAAUCUCAAAUCAAGUGGUACGCCUUCGCUAGACGGUUAAAGCAAGGCCCACUCUUCGAGGCACUUCAGAUCAAACCGCCCACCAGUUUCGAGGACAUCAUGACAAUAAUACCAGGGUAUCUUCAGUUGGAAGAUGCGAAAAUGGCAAGAAAAGUAAAGGCCGAUAAACUCAAACCUAAAAAGCAAGACAACGCAGACACUGGGGAAAAAUACAUCACGAGGAACCCCUACCGAGGAUUACCUCCAAGAAUUCCAACAAUGGCCGUUGAGGCCGGAACUGGUCCUUUGAUCACGGCGCAGGCAGAGAGGAAAGAGAAGCGCAGUGGUUACCGAGAUGAUCUGCAAAAUCCGACUCAAUGGAAUCGUCACAUAGAUGAAAUUUUCCACCAAAUUAAGGGAGAGAAUUAUUUCAGAGCCCCAAAAGACUACCAACCAGGAGCGCCAACCCCAGGCAGGAAUAAUCUAUUAUGUGAAUAUCACAACCGUUAUGGCCAUCUCACCCGCGAAUGCGGACACUUGAAACAUCAGCUAGAAAUUUUAGCAAGGAAAGGGUUCCUGGACCAAUACAUAGAAAGGCCAUGGGGCACAUACAGAGAGCGUCGCUAUGAUUAA